AUGGCAUUAAGAAUGGGAAUUUCAUUAACAAAAACAAAAAGAUUACGAGGAAUAGGGAUUGCGUUAUGUUGUCAUUUUAAAGGAGAUGGACAUGACGAUUGUACUAUUGAUUUCUUUAAUGCAUUAGGUGUAAGAAUUGCUGAAUUAACUCUUAUUCAUCGGAUGGCUGCUUGGGGUGUUUCUUUAAAUGACUGUAAUGAUAAAAGUAAAGAUACUGAUAAUGAUAAAAAAGUAGUUGGUCAAAUGUGUCGAACCAUACUUAAUGUGGCUAGAGUUAUCUGGCUAAAAAAUCAACAAUUUAUUGGUGAUGCUGGACUUGUAAAAUAUUGUAAGAAAACAAGUUCAUUAGAAAAUGUAUUGUUAUGGGCAAAAUCAAAAUAUGAUUAA